UUUUCGCCUUCGAUCCUCCCUAAGCUUAGCUGUUCGUCGGUUCAUCAUGUAGUCUCACGUUUCGAUCGAUGCCUCGUUUGAUUUUCCAUUUGAGUUGUUUUGAUCGAUCCUUUAAGCAUUUGGCUCUGUGGUUCUGGAUUUAUGAUUCGAUCCAUUUUCUGCUGUCACAUCUUCAGAAGUUGCUUAGAGGAUCGUGUUUUCUGGAUUUUGAUCUUUGUUUCCGCUUCUGUUUGGUCGAAUUCUCGCGUGUCUGCGCUGUGCUUAGAUCUUCGACGUUGGAUUAUUGCUUUGUCUAUAGAGCAAGACAGACAUGGGGCUGAGCUUCACUAAGCUGUUUAGCCGGCUUUUUGCCAAGAAGGAAAUGCGUAUUCUGAUGGUUGGUUUGGAUGCUGCUGGUAAGACUACCAUUUUGUACAAGCUGAAGCUCGGUGAAAUUGUCACCACGAUCCCUACCAUCGGAUUCAAUGUCGAGACAGUUGAGUAUAAAAACAUCAGCUUCACUGUAUGGGAUGUUGGAGGUCAGGACAAGAUCCGUCCAUUGUGGAGGCACUACUUCCAGAACACCCAGGGUCUUAUAUUUGUGGUGGACAGUAAUGACAGGGAUCGUGUUGUCGAGGCAAGAGAUGAAUUGCACCGUAUGUUGAAUGAGGAUGAACUGAGAGACGCUGUUCUGCUAGUGUUUGCAAACAAGCAGGAUCUUCCCAACGCGAUGAACGCCGCGGAAAUAACCGACAAGCUCGGGCUCCAUUCUCUUCGGCAGCGCCAUUGGUACAUACAGAGCACUUGUGCCACGUCCGGGGAAGGCCUUUACGAGGGCCUCGACUGGCUUUCCAACAACAUCGCUAGCAAGGCGUAAGAGCAAAAGGUACGAGCCUCCUGGAGAAAACAUCGUAUGAUGAAUGAUAUGAUUCUUCUCCUCAUUCUUUUAUUUCAACCCUUUUUUUUGUGUGCGCGCGCGCGCGUCUUCUUUGUUUGGAGUUGUCGUCGUCAGACCCCUGGAUGUUCAGUGAUCUCUCAACCACAUAGAUAAAAUCCAAAUCCUCUCCGUUCGUUUUUCA